UUCAAGAUGGUCGUCUUUAAACGGGAUCAACUGAAAACCUAUGUGGUGGUGGGCGCAUUUCUAGGCCUCUGUUGCUGGGUAGCUGUUCUGCAAACGAGAUAUGAAAGCAGGAUAAAGCAACUUGAAGAAGAGGGAAGUGUUCGGGUGAAACGUAGUGCCGGAUCCUCUGGUCAAAAUGCAGCUGGUGGCGCUACGUACAUUCGCUGGGGUCGUACGGUUUGUCCAGCUGAUGCAGAAUUAGUAUAUGCAGGUUAUGGAGGGGCUGAGCACUAUACCCAUGUAGGUGGCUCUGCCGAGUAUAUCUGUGUAUCCGACAAACCAGAAUACGCCUCGAAGACGGCUGCAGGUGAAAACGACCGGGCAUGGCUGACCGGAAUCGAACUCCAAGUAGACGGUAUUAACUUCUUUAGCACUGCCAACGCUGAUCCGCAUGGCCUCUACAAUUCCGAUGUCCGAUGUGCAGUAUGCAGGAGUAGAGUUCGCACCAGCAUGCUCAUGAUUCCAGGAACGAAGUCAUGCCCAAGUAACUGGCAGCAGGAGUACUGGGGCUACCUGAUGACGGGACAUUACAAACACAAGGCUACCUACAGCUACGCAUGCGUGGAUUACGCACCAGAAGCUGGGGGUGAAAAUGGCGCCAGAAAUGAUGACGGAGGACUGAUGUUCCACGCACAGGGUUGGUGUGGCUCUCUGCCAUGCCCUCCGUACGUCCAAGGCUUCGAGAUAACAUGUGUUGUUUGCACAAAAUAGAGAAUUUCAAGCGUUCAAACGGCCUGAGACGACACCACCAUUUGCUUUUAACACGUUUUCUAUUAAAGACGAAAUUCGCGCUCCUCGAAUUAUAGGUUUAAGUUGAGGACGGAGCUUUUGAUAUGUCUUUCUGCUUGGAUCGAGCUAUUCAGAAAGGGAAAUUAAAGUAGGUCACCACCUCCUAGAUUUUAAGUCAAAUAUGCCUAAAUGUGAAAAUCCAGCAUCCAGAAAAUUUCUGCUAGUUUCAAUACAAAACGCAUAAACUGCCACCUGUCAUGAACAUGAUACACUGAUUAUAUGUUGCACUCUUGCAGUCAGUUGCAAUCAAUGAAUCGAGUUGCAGUUCACAUUUCUGUCAUUAUUGCAAGACAAAGCCAUCGCACGUUAAGCGAUUCAUUAUAGCAGCUACUGUAUUCAUUAACGGGUUUUUACAAGUAUCUCUCACUCAUUAGCAAAUACAUAAAGUAGUUGCAAUGCAUCGCAAAUAGAACGCUUACUGAGCGACAGGUUGCAACUAUACUUACUUAGGUGUAUCUCAUUAGAUCAGGUGAUUCUAAAUGAUUUGAAUAAUUUAGGAAACAGUACAAGGCAAAUAUUACGUUUUUGCCAAAUACCACGCAGUUUAGAGAAUUCACACCUAGCCGAAUGCACGGUCUGUUGUCUCCUUAAAAACCCCGCCCUCGCCUCAGCUAAUAUUUUCAUUAUUCUACUGUCAUAUCAAUGUGUUAUCAGGGCAAAUCUUGAUAUCAUCGACACCCACGAAAAAGCUUCCAUGGGAUCGUUAGGCCUAAACCGACAAGGGCAAUUAAACGGUAAUGAAUAGUCAUAUAAAACAAAGCCGGCAAAGGUUUAAUAAAGUGUAUGUAACCAUAGCUGACAUAGCGUGUAAAUCUCGAUGCCCUUAAAAAAUACUUGGUAGAGAAAUAAAAGCAACUGGCAAUAGCCUACAUGUCAAUAAUCACAUCAUUCUUGACCUGUAAGUAUUCAUGAAGCAGAAAAAAACAACCCUAGCUGAUAGCGUCAUCUUGGAACCACCAAGGUUGUUACCUCUCAUCGAUUUCAAACUAUAUUAUCACUGUUCAUUGAAAAGGAGCGUGAAAAUAUGAGAAUCAGAUUGAUAUAGCGUGUAAUCUCAUCGUUCUUAAAAAUUAUCUCAUAAUCAAACGGAACAAACUGCCAAUAGCUUGUAUAGCGUGAAAUCUCAUUCUAGAAUAUUAUCUAAUAAUCUAAUGAACCAACCGCCAAUAGCUUGUAUAGCUUUUAUUAUCGUCCUUGAACAUCAUCAUUUUUUCAAACUGCAAUAGCUUGCUAACAUAGCAAGUAAGUGUCGUCUUUCGUGGAACAUUAUUAAUAGAUAUAUAGUAGUCAAAUAAAG